AUAUGGUUUUACAAAUGUUACUUAUACAGAGCAAGGAAUGCCUGUACUCCGUCCAUUAAUUACUCAACGUUAAUUUGAGGUAAUGAAAGCCGAAAUGACUUUCGAAUGGCUAUGCAGAAGGUAUAAAGAAGUGUAAUGGAAUGGGUUCUGCAGAAAGCAAUAAUGUUUCUGCACAUUUUCUAUGUUCUUGAUUUUCUUCUGCGACUGCAUUGUAAUGCACUGCCGCAACGUUACAACAUGUAUCAGACACAAAAUCGCAGGGUAGUGGAUGCUCUGCGUGAAAAUGAAGAUCCAUACGCCAUUGAAGAUCCUGGGACAUUUUACAAUACAAAAGUAGCUACCAGUAGUAGCAAUGACAUGAAUCUACCAUUUUAUAAUUACUAUCAAGGACUUCCUACUGAUUUGAGAUACUUACCACCAUCCAUACAACAACACCCCAUCAACGGAGUAAGAAGUGAACGUGUUAACGUUUUACACAAGGAACCUAGGACCAUGGACAAUUUUGAAAACUUUGAACAAUCCUAUACCUGGAAUAAGCCCAAGCCUCAUGGGGAUGACGUGCUGCAACAGGCGCAUGCAAACUGUAAUUUCCUAAGAGUAAAUGCCCUGCCUCAGAUAGCAGAUAACUGGAAAGUCUAUCAGGAUUGUUUAAAACGAGAAAUGAAUAAAGGUGAAUCUGGUAUUAUACUGCAUGAGCCCAAUGAAGAUCAAUUACGAGACUUUAACAGGAAUCCUCAGAAACAUCAAGCAAAUACUGUGGGGAAUGAGUACUUCAAACGAUCCUUCGACACUACUAAACAGAUCACGUUAGGUGAUAAAGAGUUUUUUGAUUAUUCACCUCUAUUCAGAAGUCAAAUUCUCAAUGAGAAACGAGGAAAUGCCGAUAUACUGAGAUUGGCACGAUUAACUACAACAGAAGGUUCGGUGGAUCUUAAUUAUGGAUGGUCGACAACGACAGAAGGAAAAGUUGUACGUUCCGUGGAAAGUACUGAGAAAGCAGUUGGUCGAAAAGCACAUUCUCGUUAUGGAGAAUAUAAAAAAAUAUUAAAUACAUUGCCACAGAGAGUUGUAAGGAUAGUUAAGGAUGAUGUUAAUUGCAAACAAAUGAACGGUCAAAAAGGAUUAUUUAGCCCUCUUUGUCCAUCGUCUAAUGAUAUUAACAGUUUGUUUUCAAAUGGUUAUCCGAAUGGAUAUUAAGUGAGGAUUAUUUAGUCCCUGUUUUCAAUAAAAUUUCAAUAAAUAAUACUGUAAGGAACUCACAUGUAAAUGAUUUAUUUAAUACAUUUACUGGUUUUACAUCAGUUUAAUUGCAUUC